ACACAUAGCUGUCAAUGUCAACAUGUCAUUCAACACGUAUUAUCAAUGUUUUUAUUGCUUUCAUAUAGUUAUUCAUUAUUUUCUGACUAAUUUGUGCUAAAUGUUCACUUCAAAAUGGACAAUAGCUUAGCGUUAACUAUGGAAAAUGUUUUGAGAAACGAUACAGCAUGUAGAAUAUGCUUAGUUCAGGGCGAGGCCAUGCAAGCCCUGUUUGUUGAAGGGACUGGUAUCAUUGAACAGAUAGAAUAUUGUACUGGAAUAAGACUCCUCAACGAACCAACCCUACCCUCACACAUCUGCCCCCCCUGCCUCACCCACCUCUCCAUUGCGCACUCUUUCAAAUCCACCUGUCUGUCGUCGCACCACACGCUCCACCCGCACGCGCAGACGCUAGUCAACACUGAUGUCAAGAUAGAACGAGACGAUGAUUGGGUGAAGGAGGAAAGGAAGAGUAAGAGGGUCAAGAUGAAGAAGGAGAAAGAAGACAGUCCAGACCCAGACCCAGACCCGCCCAGCCCAGAACCAGACAUCAAACCCCCCAAGUGCAAGCGGACUUACAAGAAGUCCAACGGUCGGCGACCUAAGAAAUUCAAAUUUAAGAGGCUGUGGUGUGUUUCGUGUGAGAUAAAGUUUGAUUCGAAAGAAGAAAGUGAUGCACACAGGCUCGCUAAGCACCCGGAGGAUCCUUGGAUGUGCGAGAUAUGCGGCAAAGUGUUUGCGCACCGCGGCUCCCACUACACCCACGUGCGCUCACACCUCCCUCCCCUCCACGGCUGCGCGCACUGCGACUACAAGACCUGGCACCGCCACGACCUGGUCAAACACCUGCGCAUCCACGCCGGUGUGAAGCAAUACCAAUGCACACAGUGCGCUCGGACGUUCCACACAUCCUCCAACCUGGUGUCACACGUGAGGCGUCUGCACGACCGCGCGCGCCCGCACCAGUGCAGCCAGUGCCAGCGGCGGUUCUUUGACAAAACUAAACUAAGACGGCAUAUGGACAGCCACAACGACGUCAAACGGUUUGAAUGCGAAGUCUGUCAUUCGUGCUUCACCCGCCGCUGCUAUUGGAAGAAGCACCUGCAGAAGAUGCACGGCAUCACCGUGCCCCCGCAGCGGCCAGGUCGGCAGAAGGUCAACUUCUUAGUCGGCCAGGAGCUCAUACAGGACAGUACCCCGGAUUCGAAAUGUGAGAAGAGUGCGGGGUUGACUUACUCCCUCGCACCUCGCUAGGAGUAGGGGAUGAGAAGCUCUAUACUGCGUAGCUUUUAUUUACUCUCUGGCAACCCCACUGACUGAGCCAUUAUGAGCUAUAAUGCUUAAUAUUAUUACCUACGUCACCUUUAACUGUGACAACUGAACCAGCUUACUGGCAGUAGUAGGAUUGCACUGAGUAGGAGCUCAUAUAUGUCAGUACCAAACUCGAUAUUUGAGAAGUGUGGGGUUGACUUACUCCCUCACAUCGACUCGCUGCUCUGAGUGGAGAGCACUGGAGCUCCACCCUCAAAAUGGGACAAUGGGGUUGGCCGGUCGAAGCUAUUUUCAGGUGGCGCCAGAUAGCUCCCCCUGUCAAUCGUACCUUCCAAUUAUUGUCCUUUUUUAAUUUUAUGACCUUGACCCUUUAAGCCAUUUCCCAUAGAACAAAACUAAAAACAGGGGAUAUCUACGCUGGUGGCAUCUUUGAAAACCUUUGACAGUGCCUUCCCCAUUAAAGCAGUACAGCUAUGUCAUACUUGGCAACCCCAGUGCAUUAACCUUAAAAUGUGACAACAGACUAUCGAUGCAGCGUAGCUUUUUCUCUCUGGCAACCCCACUGACUGAGAAGGAGGAGCUCAUAAUGGGCAACAUUAUUCCGUCACCCUUAAAUGUGACAAUCGCAGCAUCUCCCUGGCAGUAGUGCGAUUGCACUGAAUAGGAGCUCAUAUCUAACAGUACCAAACUCGACAUGUCAGAAGAGUGUGGGGUUUACUUACUUCCUCGCACGCUGCUCUGAGUAGAGGGCUCUGGAAUGUAACAAUGGGGUUGGCUGGCGCCAGUACAGAUCCCCCUGUCAAUCCUACCGUUUUUUUUUUCAAAUUGUAUGUUAUGGCCUGGACGCUAAAGUCUGUCAAGCCAUUUCCGUCAGUAAAAAAAAAGCGGCAAAUUUAAAAAAUGUAGCCCCGAAGGGUUAUCGUCCUAUAUAACAUUUCGAAAUUCGAGCUUUUUUCGACUGUCAAAGUUGUGUGACAGAAUAUAAAUUGCUAAAUCGUUUAAGCAAAAUCCCAUAAAACAAAACUAGAAACAGGUACACAACCUAUGAUGGCGCCAUCUAUGAAGACCUAUGACAAUUGGCUUCCUAAUUGAUGCAGUAGGUUUAACUGAUAGCUUGCCGUCAUAUAUAGAGAUAAGUGAUCUUAGGUUACGUCGACUAUAAGUAAGGAAGUAGGUCAUGCAAGACACAGUUACUGCGCAACCAGCAAUUUGACAAUUGAAUGUAUAGUUUUGCUGAACUAUCUGUCUUUGAAAACAAGUAAAACCGAAAACGGGGUUGCCAGAGAGCGGGACAUUGAUACAGCGUCAAAAAUCACUUUGCUACUCUGUUUACUUACCCAUUAUUGUUUUGUUUUAUUUAUUUAAUCUUUAUUGCACAAAAGAAAAUACAAACGUACGCGGCGGACUUAAUGCUACAAGAGAUUCUCUACCAGUCAACCUCCGGGCAAAGCAGAUAACUUGAAGGCGGUGCAAUGUCAUGUUGUAAUUACAAAACAAAGUAGGUUUGUUCGGUUUGUUGUAUUCAUUUGACACUUAUUAAUGGCUGAAGUGUUAAAUGAAACAAAAACCUUUCCGAAACAAUGAAAGGGAAGAAAACACUAAAGGCUUGUUGCCAAAUAUAGUUUAAAGCAAUGAAAUAUGAACAUCGUUCCAAGAAAACGGAAUAAUUUACUUAUUAAAUAGUCUAUGUUUAAUUUUAUCUCCACUUAUUUCUUAUUUCAUUUGUAAAUAACAUAAUAAAAUACGCCGUACGGGUAAGUCGCGUAUCACUUCAUACAAGAAUCAGGAAAACAAGACCACAUAUUUCACCUUAAUCCUUUGAACGCCACGCUCGUGUGCGGCGCGGCGGCUCAUCGUGAACCUAGUCGGAAUGGAAGAAGGUUGAUGAAGGUUGACCAUGUGCCACACGGUACAGUGUCAGUUGUCAAUAUUGACUACUGAUAAUAAUUAAAAGUAGGGGAGAAAUGGUAUAAAGCUAUGGAAACAAUGCAAAUGGAGAUUUCAAAACCCGGUUCCUUCAUGCCACUUCUCUCCUAGCAUAUCCUUUAGCUCGAAAACGACAAAAAUGGCAAUUUUAUGGGACACAAUGUUAUAAUUAGUUAUUGUUAUACUAAAAUGUACAUUAUUUUAUACAUUACCGAUGGAAUAUAUUUAUAUUAAGUUAAA